AUGAAUUCCCUCUUCAAUUCCGCCCUCAAGCAGUCAUCUGCUAUCCGCCGUGACCUGGACACAUUCUCCCAAUCGCCAGCUACCUCAUCUGCCGCACUACAAGGACAAAUCGCUGCUUCGCUAGCAUCGCUAUCACGCACCGUUGAUGACUAUUCUGCCCUGUCCAAGAAGGAAUUGAUUCCAGAGAAGCAAGAGAAGGCAUUCGAACGAGUCAAGAAUUUCCGAUCAGAACUGGCAGAUUACCGGCAACACUUUGAUCGACUACGGAAAGAACGGGAGGAAGCUCAAUCCGUCACCAACCGCAACGAGCUCCUCGGUCGACGCCCUCAUCACACAGCUACACCGGAGAACCCAUAUGCCCAAUCAUCCCUCCCUCAGUCCUCCGCGUUCGCUCCUUCCUCAUCACGAUCGGGACUCAGCUUUGGAGCUUCGCCGGCCGACUACAACCGGGAAACACAUGCGCUUCGUGAACAAAGCUUCCUAGCGAGCACCAACACCCAGAUCGACGAGUUUCUUGAUCGGGGUCGUGCUGUGCUGGCGGAUUUGGGACAACAGCGUGAAGUGCUGAAAGGCACGCAGCGUCGACUAUACAGCGUUGCGAACACACUGGGUGUCAGCGGCGACACAAUCCGCAGGGUUGAGCGUCGCGCAAGACAAGACAAGUGGAUCUUCUGGGGCGGAGUGGUGCUAUUCUUCCUGUUCUGUUGGGCUGUCCUGCACUUCUUGCGAUAG